GCCGGCGGCGGGUCGUGUUGGGACAGCGGGGAGAGCAAAGGGUGAGCUGCCGCAGUCGCUGAGCGAGCGGACCGUGGCCCGGUCACCGCGCCGGGGCUCUGGGUGACAUCGCAGAACCGGAACGGUCAUUGGGUAAUGGCUGCACUUAACUUCACUGAUCAAGAUAUUCAAGAGCAGUUGAGUUUGUUGGGCUACCACAAUGUCCCACAACAUCAACUUCGAGAGUUCAGAAAAGAUCUGGAAGAACUGAUCAAACAUGAGUAUUCAAAGCCUCGAGGCUCCAGUAAUGCCAGUUCAGAAUCAUGUGUUUCACAGACGAGAAAUAGAUCUUCGGAACAACCCAUUUUAGCCACCCAGUGUACACCGCAACAAGAUUUCAGCUCUGAAAAAGAGAAUCAGUUUUCAUAUAAAAGGGAUAUUUUCCAUGGUUACCCUUCAAAAUUUCAUCAGAGCAGCAGGUAUACAGUUGCCCCAAAUCUGUGCAGAAGCACAUCAGCACCAUCUAAGUUAAUUAUUCAGAGAAGUCCAGAUCAAGAGAGUAACAGCAGUCAGAUGCAAUCUGAGAACAGCAGGACAAGCAGCCCUGAAACACUCCCUGAAAGCAACAAAAGACCUAAUAUUAAGAGAAAAGUAUUGCGUAAGAAAAAUGGACAGUUCCAUGUUUAUGAUGAGUCGACAGUCACUGAAACAGAGUCUGAUGCAGGCAGUGAAUUUGGACAGAUCAGAUUUCAGCCCCUUGGCAAUAUAGCAGAGUCUGACACAGAAAGUGAAGAAUUCAGCAGCGUGUUCAGAAGGCGACCAAAUUCUGCCCAGCCUUUCUUCACAAAAGAUCUGUGGAACCAAAAUCUUAUAGGAGGCGAAGGCUACAAUUGUCUCUCAAAUGCACCAAAGUCAUUUAUAAGACCAAUAAUGGAUCAUCCUCACACAAGAAACUUAAAGAAAACUGAUCCUGUUGCAAAAUAUUUUGAAUACAAGCGAAACUGGGAAACUUUCAAAACACCUGGAGAAAAGGAUAGGAAAGAAUUACGAUGGGGUAUAAGGGAACAAAUGCUUUAUAAAAGUCAACUACCUCGGAAACCUCAACAUGUUUAUGUUCCCAAUAACUACAUUGUACCAACGGACAAGAAAAGAUCUGCGUUACGAUGGCAGAUUAGACAUGAAUUGGCAAAUGGAACUAUUCCACAGAAGGUUUUCUGCUCCUUGUAGCUACACAGGCAGACAAUCAAUUCAAUUAUUUUAUUGAAAUAAAAUAAAAGCUUAUUUUUAAAACCCA